CCGAUGCUCCCCUCCCCCCCCCCGCUCCGCCUAUUCUAAACCAAAAAUCUCGCCUUUCUGUAAACUAGAUAGAUUUCCCCUUGCUAAUUCGGGUAUUAUACCGCCGGCUAAUCACACUCUCCCGCCUGUCGCCCGCCCCCUUGUUUAUAAGCCCAGCCCCCCCUCCCUUGCCUUCUUUGUCGGUCGCCUUUGUGGGAUAGAGUCGCCGGAGGAAUUUUUCGCUGCUGGUGAGAGAGAUCUUGGGGGAAUUUGGUGUGGGGGGUGUGUGAGGAGGAGGAGGGAUGGAGAUGCCGGGAGGGAGCGGCGGGGCCGGCGCGCUGGCCAGGCAGGGGUCGAUCUACUCGCUCACCUUCGACGAGUUCCAGAGCGCGCUCGGCGGCGCCGGCAAGGACUUCGGGUCCAUGAACAUGGACGAGCUGCUCCGCAACAUCUGGACGGCCGAGGAGUCCAACGCCAUCGCGGCCACCCUGACGCCGGCCACCACGGCCGCCCCGGCGUCCAAUGUCGACGCCCUACCCCAGCCGCCGCCGCAGCCGCUGCAGCCGCAGCAGCAGGCCAUCCUGCGCCAGGGCUCCAUGACGCUGCCCCGCACGCUCAGCCAGAUGACGGUGGACGAGGUCUGGCGCGACAUCAUGGGCUUCUGCGACGAGGAGCCGCCGGCGGCCCCCGCGCCGGCGCCGGCGCAGGUGCAGGCUCAGGCGCAGGCGGAGGCCCAGGCGCAGCGGCAGCAGACCCUGGGGCGGAUGACGCUGGAGGAGUUCCUGGUGCGCGCCGGCGUGGUGCGGGAGGACAUGGGGGGCCAGACCGUCGUGGUGCCGGCGCGGGCGCAGGCUCUGUUCCCCCAGGGCAAUGUGGUCGCGCCGACCAUGCAGGUGGCGAACGCGGUGGUGCACGGAGUCGUCGGGCAGGGGCCUGGCGUGCCGAUGACGGUGGCGGCGCCGACCACGCCCGGCGUGCUGAACGGGUUCGGGAAGAUGGAGGGCGGGGAUCUCUCGUCGCUGUCGCCGGUGCCGUAUCCCUUCGACACCGUGACGAGGGCGAGGAAGGGGCCUACCGUCGAGAAGGUGGUCGAGAGGCGGCAGAGGCGCAUGAUCAAGAACCGGGAGUCCGCCGCCAGGUCCCGCCAGAGGAAGCAGGCUUAUAUAAUGGAGUUGGAAGCCGAGGUAGCAAAACUGAAGGAGAACAAUGAGGCAUUGCAGAAAAAACAGGUGGAAAUGCUACAGAAGCAAAAGGAUGAGGUUAUAGAGAGGAUCGAAAAGCAGCUUGGACCAAAGGCAAAGAGAUUUUGCUUGCGACGAACACUGACGGGUCCAUGGUAGCCCGAAGCUCAAUACAACCUUGACAGCAGCUGGGACGUCUGGCUUCCUUAGAUGAACAACCAGUGUACAUAUCAGCGGAAGCCGGAGUCUCCAGCUGCCCCCGUAGACCGCCGCUUUCCUGCUGCUCCUGCGGCGGUCGUUCGGUUUCUUUAGUUGGUUCCUGGGUGACAAUUUAAGUCCUAGGUCUCUAGCUUUGCUGCUUUCAAAAUGAACAAAAAGCAAAGUAUCUAAUCUGUUUAACUCCCUAUCUAUCUGCGUGUGGCGAGAUCGUCAUGCGUGCCGUUUAAUGUCGUCGCUGAACGCAGCUGUUCUGUAUGAUGUUGAGCUGCGAUGCCAGUUCUGUGAUA